UGGGCAAAGCCAGGCUGAGAGACAGAGAGCUGCAGCCGCUUCCGUGUUUGUGUGAUCGGGGAGGGUAGCGUCUCUGUCUCCACUCCUUCAUUCAUUUAAAAGCGUAACGCCGAGCAAGAGGCAAGAAGAAGAAGACAAUGCCGUAUGAACUGAAACAUGUAUUCGCCAGCCUCCCGCAGAUGGAGAGGGGAGUGGCAAAGGUGAUCGGCGGUGAUCCCAAAGGCAACAACUUUCUCUACACCAAUGGCAAGUCUGUCAUCAUCAGGAACAUUGAGAACCCGGCCAUUGCGGACAUUUACACCGAACAUGCCCACCAAGUAUCUGUUGCCAAGUACGCCCCCAGCGGAUACUACAUUGCAUCUGGAGAUGCAACAGGAAAGAUCCGUAUCUGGGACACCACCCAGAAGGAGCACAUACUCAAAUACGAGUAUACCCCUAUUUCUGGAAAGGUUAAGGACAUCGCGUGGACAGAGGACAGCAAGAGAAUUGCUGUUGUCGGGGACGGACGAGAGAAGUUCGGGGCUGUGUUCUUGUGGGACUCUGGCUCCUCAGUGGGAGAAGUGUCUGGACAUGCGAAAGUAAUCAACAGCGUGGACAUAAAGCAGACACGCCCUUACCGCCUUGUCACCGGCAGCGAUGACACCUGCGGCUCCUACUUCGAGGGGCCUCCUUUCAAGUUCAAGUUCACAUUACGGGAUCACAGCCAGUUUGUCAACUGCGUUCGCUUCGCGCCAGAUGGAAGCCGCUUCGUCACAGCCGGCGCUGACGGCCAGAUUUUCAUGUACGAUGGAAAGACCGGGGAGCGUGUCGGCUCCCUGGGCGGAGAGAAGGCCCACAAUGGAGGAAUCUACGCUGUCAGCUGGAGCCCUGACAGCUCCCAACUGAUCUCCGCCUCAGGGGACAAGACGGUGAAGCUGUGGGAUGUCGGUGCAGGUACGGCUGUCACCACCUUCAAGAUGGGCACUGAUGUGACAGACCAGCAGCUGGGCUGCCUGUGGCAGAACAACCACCUCCUCAGCAUCUCCUUGUCGGGAUACAUCAACUACCUGGACAAGAGCAAUCCUGACAGGCCCAUUCGCACAGUCAAGGGACACUCAAAGUCCAUCCAGUGUCUGACGGUGCACAAAGGUGACGGGCGUUCAUACAUCUACUCAGGGAGUCACGAUGGACACAUUAAUUACUGGGAUGCCGAAACUGGAGAGAACGACUGCUUCUCUGGAAAGGGACACGGCAACCAAGUGAGCAAGAUGGUGACUGAUGACGCCAACGAGCUGGUGACGUGCAGCAUGGACGAUACUCUGCGCUACACCAGCCUCACCAAGAAGGAGUACAGUGCCUCUGAUGUGGUGAAGAUGGAUGCCCAGCCUAAGAGUGUGUCGGUGGCAGUGGGAGGGCUGUCGCUCUCCGUCUGCAUUGGGCAGGUUGUCUUGCUGAAGGACAAGAAGAAAGUCUUCACAUUGGACAAUCUUAGCUAUGAAGCAGAGGUUGGCGCUAUCCAUCCUGGUGGCACCACUGCUGCAGUGGGGGGAGCAGAUGGAAACGUCCACCUGUACUCGAUCCAGGGAAACACUCUGAAGGAGGAGAGUCAAGUUCUUGAGGCCAAAGGUCCCAUCACUGACAUGGCCUACUCUAAUGAUGGAGCCUAUCUGGCCACCAUAGAUGAGAGGAAAGUGGCCAUGGUUUUCAACGUGGCAGACGGCUACUCGGUCAAAAAUGAGUUUUACGGACACCACGCCAAACCGGUGACUUUGGCCUGGUCGCCUGACAAUGAGCACUUUGCAACCGGUGGGAUGGACAUGAUGGUGUACGUCUGGACCAUCACCGACCCAGACGAGAGGAUCAAAAUCCCAGAUACUCAUCGACUGCACCACGUCAGCGGCCUGGCCUGGAUAGAUGAGCACACUCUAGUCACUGCCUCUCAUGAUGCCAGCAUCAAGCAGUGGACUAUUAAAUACUGAGCUGCAAGCAGGCAAGCACCCACAUCUCCAGGGACAAGGACUACUGUAGAAUCCAAGAUUUUCCCUUCUUUUUUCUUAAUUUUUUUUUUCUUUUUUUUUAACUGUACUUUCACUCUCUAAACGAUGUUCUAUGCUGUCUGUAAAAAUCUGACGUGUAAAUGGUUAUGGUUCGGGUGGGGAAACUCCCGUAAAAACAAUCUGAUACAUGUCUCUGAUGCGUGUACGUAACCUCAUCUUACCCGGAGACAAAGUGUCCAAGUAAAGAGUGUAACCACGAGUGCUUUUACACCUCUUUGAGCAUUAUGGACCCAGAAAAAUAUUUCUAAGCUCAUCAUUCCAUAUAUUGCGUUGCAGUUUAAGGGAAAAAACCAAAAGCAUAUUAUCUUUUUUUUUUCUUUAAUCAUGUUAAAUUAAACCUUUUGGUUACAUUCCUAAAAUGAGCAGUAACUGGUCCUAACUGUAGAUGCCUGUCACUUUUUAUUUUGGGGUGAGUGUUUUUAUUUUUAUUUUUUUUGCAUCGUUGCUUUGUCCUAGGUUUCCAACCUUUUCGUGAUUCAUAACUCUUCCUGUUGGACUGUGGAGCAAUAAUAGGAACUGAAAGAUCAACGUAUGUAUACAGUCGAGAGAUGCUGUCUGUGCAGUAAAAAAAAGGUUCUGUGUUGUUGCUGUGUUUUUGUUUGGACCCACUAUGCUCGUCUCAACUUUUUCUUUUUUCUUUUUCUAUGUCCUUAUGCAUCCACUUCCAAAGUGGAAGUGAUUCAUUAUUAAUAAUAAUAAAAUACUUUUUAUGCAUUUGC